ACGCACCCGGAAACUGGCGUACAUUUGUGUCUAAAAUAAGAGCGCGAAAUUUCUCAAUUGAACAGGAAGACGCAGACAUAAUUGAAACCGUGUUCCACGGUGUUAACUCACGUCAGGUGUUAACUGACGCAGGUGACAGGAACUAAAUGCAGUUGUCGCGAUAACCGAAAAACAUCGCGUCGGCUGUCGGUUUUAUUUUGAAACGGAAGUCACGGUUUGUCCUCACGCUGUCAACGCUUGUAUAAAGCUCGACCAGGUUGCACUGUAGUAGUGAUCCCACUAUCAACCCCAUCCAAUCGGACAGCCAGCAUCGAUUUAUCUCCGAGAGACGCAAACAGUUGAGUACCUUUUGGGGAAGCCUGCCCCCGACCGGCCACCAUGGGGGACGAGAGUGAGUGGAUGAAGCUUCCCACUGACCAAAAAUGUGAACACAAGGUGUGGAAAGCCCGUCUGAACGGUUAUGAAGAAGCUCUGAAAUUGUUCCAGAGGAUAGAAGAUGAGAAGAGUCCAGAGUGGGGGAAGUACCUAGGACUGAUAAAGAAGUUUGUCACUGACUCUAAUGCUGUGGCUCAGCUUAAAGGCCUGGAGGCUGCCCUAGCCUUCGUUGAGAAUGCCCAUGUAGCUGGCAAGACGACAGGAGAGGUGGUGUCGGGCGUGGUGACCAAAGUGUUCAACCAGCCAAAGGCCCGAGCUAAGGAACUGGGCACAGACAUCUGUCUGAUGUACAUUGAGAUCGAGAAGGCUGAGGUGGUUCAAGAUGAGCUCCUCAAAGGACUGGACAACAAGAACCCCAAGAUAGUGGUGGCUUGCAUCGAGGCGCUCAGGAAGGCUCUCAGUGAGUUUGGAUCGAAGAUCGUGACGUUGAAGCCUGUAGUGAAGGUUUUACCCAAACAGUUUGAGUCCAGAGAGAAGGCGGUGAGAGACGAAGCAAAGCUUCUUGCUGUGGAGAUUUAUAAAUGGAUCCGAGAUGUCCUGAGACCUCCACUGCAAAACAUUAACUCUGUGCAGCUGAAGGAGCUGGAGGAGGAGUGGGUGAAGCUGCCUUCAUCUCCUCCCAAGCAAAGCCGGUUCUUGCGCUCACAGCAGGACAUGAAAGCGAAGUUUGAACAGCAACAAGCCCAAGGAGCAGAUCAGUCUGAUGGAGAGGAUGAUGCGGGCACAGUAGCAGCAGUGGAUCCUUAUGAACUGCUGGAAGCUGUGGAGAUUCUGUCCAAGAUGCCCAAAGAUUUCUUUGAGAAAAUAGAAGCUAAAAAGUGGCAGGAGAGAAAAGAAGCCCUGGAGGCUGUCGAGGCUCUGACCAAGAAUCCCAAACUAGAGAAUGGAGACUAUGGAGACCUCGUCAGAGCACUGAAAAAGGUUGUGGGGAAAGAUGCUAAUGUGAUGCUGGUGUCAGUGGCAGCUAAAUGCCUGGCUGGAUUGGCCACUGGUCUCAGGAAGAAGUUUGGCACAUAUGCAGGACAAGUGGUUCCAACUAUUCUGGAGAAGUUCAAGGAGAAGAAGCCUCAGGUUGUUCAGGCCCUCCAGGAGGCAAUUGACGCCAUCUUCCUCACUACCACUCUCCAGAACCUGUCGGAGGACGUCCUCGGUGUGAUGGACAAUAAGAACCCUUCCAUUAAGCAGCAGGCCUCUCUGUUUCUGGCCCGCUCCUUCCGACACUGCACACAGGCCACGCUGCCCAAGAGUGUCCUCAAACCCCUCUGUGCUGCUCUCCUCAAGCAAGUGAAUGACUCGGCUCCAGAGGUGCGUGAUGCUGCCUUUGAAGCACUAGGGACAGCCAUGAAAGUGGUGGGAGAGAAAGCUGUGAACCCUUUCCUGACUGACUUGGAUAAACUCAAACUGGAUAAGAUAAAGGAGUCUGCUGAUAAAGUGGAGCUUCCGGGGAAAAAGAGUAGUGGUGGAGGGGUGGACAAGAAGCCAGCAGUUAAAGCUCCUCCUGCUGCCGAAGCUCCUUCCAAGUCCUCUGCUCCACCUAGGAAGGCUCAAACUGCUACCAAGGCGGCAGCAGGUCCACCUAAAAAAGGAAAAGCAACCAAUGCAGCAGGUGGCAAAAACAAGAAGGCUGCUGAGAAUAGAGACAUCACAGAGACUGAACUGUCUCCUGAGGUGUGUGAGGACCUAGCAGCAGGUGUACUUCCUGCCUCCUGUCUACAGCAGCUGGACUCGUCAAACUGGAAGGAGAGACUGGCCAGCAUGGAGGAGUUUCAGAGGGCUGUUGAGACCAUGGAUAAGGCCGUGAUGCCCUGCCAGGCCUUAGUCAGGAUGUUGGCCAAGAAACCGGGCUGGAAGGAGACCAACUUCCAGGUGAUGCAGAUGAAGCUGCACAUCGUGGCUCUCAUAGCCAAGAGAGGACAGUUCUCAAAAACGUCAGCCUCUGUCGUUUUGGACGGUUUGGUGGACAAGGUUGGAGACGUCAAAUGUGGUGGGAAUGCCAAAGAGGGACUGACUGCUAUUGGAGAAGCCUGCUCACUACCGUGGACUGCAGAACAGGUUGUGUCUAUAGCGUUUGCACAGAAGAACCCCAAAAAUCAAGCAGAGACCCUCAACUGGCUGGCAAAUGCCAUGAAGGAGUUCGGCUUUGCUGGUAUCAACGUGAAGGGUUUCAUCAAUAAUGUGAAGACCGCUCUUGGAGCGACUAACCCUGCUGUGCGGACAGCGGCCAUCACCCUGCUAGGAGUCAUGUACCUCUACAUGGGAGCUCCGCUGCGCAUGUUUUUUGAAGACGAGAAGCCUGCUCUCCUCUCACAGAUAGAUUCUGAGUUUGAGAAGAUGCAGGGCCAGUCUCCACCAGCUCCAAUCCGAUUCACCAAGAAGGCCGCGGCGGCAGCAGCGGAGGAGGAUGGUGAUGAUGGAGACGAGCAGGAAGAAGAUGGUAGUGGAGGACAGGACAUCAUGGACCUACUGCCUAGAACAGAUAUCAGUGAUAAGAUCACAUCCGAUCUGGUGUCUAAAAUUGAGGAUAAGAACUGGAAGAUCAGAAAGGAGGGACUAGAUGAGACUGCAGCCAUUAUCUCUGAGGCCAAGUUCAUCACAGCCAACAUCGGAGAGCUGCCACUGGCCCUGAAAGGACGACUUGGCGAUUCCAACAAGAUCCUGGUCCAACAGACCCUGACCAUCCUGCAGCAGCUGGCUACAGCCAUGGGACCUGGACUCAAGCAGCAUGUCAAAACACUAGGAAUCCCUGUCAUCACUGUACUGGGAGACAGCAAGCCUAAUGUAAGGGCAGCUGCCAUGACCACCCUGCAGGCCUGGGUGGAACACACUGGCAUGAAGGAUUGGCUGGAAGGAGAAGACCUAUCAGAGGAGCUGAAGAGGGAGAAUCCCUUCCUACGGCAGGAAUUGCUAGGCUGGUUAGCAGAGAAGCUGCCCACCCUGAGGACCGUACCUGGAGAUGUGAUGCUGUGUGUCCCUCAUCUAUACACCUGCCUGGAGGACAGAAACGGAGACGUGAGGAAGAAGGCUCAGGAUGCCCUGCCCACUUUCAUGAUGCACCUGGGCUACGAGAAGAUGGUCAAGGCUACGGGGAAACUCAAACCUGCCUCUAAGGAUCAGGUGGUAGCCAUGUUGGAAAAGGCCAGGGCAGUGAUGCCAGCUAAACCUGCUGCUCCUGCCAAAGCUGCUGGGGCAAAAGGCUCUGCAGAGAUGAGCAGAGCAGCUUCAGCCUCGAGGUCUCAGGCACCUAGUGACGACGUUGACAGUAAACCUGAAGUGAAGAAGGUUCGAGGAGGAGCGGCUGCUAAGAAGCCUCCCUCCCCUCCUGAGGAACCUGUCCCUCCCCCUCCCUCCAAGGACAAGGACAGUAAUGCUAGUAAAAAAAACCCCAGCAAAGGAAAGGGGGCUGCUGGCAGUCAACAGGGUGCAGCUGGGAAGAAGCCUGCAGCCAAAAGCAUGAAGGAUGAGGAAGACAAGUCGGGGCCGAUCUUCACACUCAUCCCUAACGCUAAGGAACAGAGGAUCAAGGAGGAGAAGCAGCUGAAGAUUUUGAAGUGGAACUUCAUGACUCCUCGAGACGAGUAUGUGGAGCAGCUGAAAACUCAGAUGUCCACCUGCUUUGCUAAGUGGCUGCAGGAUGAGCUCUUUCACUUUGACUUCCAGAGACAUGUCAAGGCCAUAGGUGUAAUGAUUGAGAGGCUGGAGAGUGAGAGCGAAGCCACCAUCAGCUGUCUGGACCUGAUCCUGAAGUGGUUUACCUUGAGGUUCUUUGACACCAACACCACAGUCCUGAUGAAGGUGUUGGAGUAUCUAAAGCUGCUGUUUGCCAUGCUGAACAGAGAGAACUAUCACCUGACUGAAUAUGAGGCCAACUCCUUCGCCCCCUACCUCAUACUCAAGGUUGGAGAGUCAAAGGAUGUGGUCCGCAAAGAUGUUCGGGCUAUACUGACCAUGCUGUGUAAGGUUUACCCUGCAUCCAAGGUCUUCCCUCUCCUAAUGGAUGGAACAAAGUCCAAGAACUCCAAACAGAGAGCUGAAUGUCUGGAGGAGUUGGGUUGUUUGAUAGAAGGCUAUGGGAUGAAUGUAUGCCAGCCGACUCCUGCCAAGUCUUUGAAGGAGAUUGCUGUUCACAUUGGUGACAGAGACACAUCUGUCCGCAACGCUGCCCUGAACACUGUUGUAGCGGUCUACAACGUCUGUGGGGACCAAGUCUACAAACUAAUAGGAAACUUGUCAGAGAAAGAAAUGAGCAUGCUUGAGGAGAGAAUCAAGCGUUCAGCCAAGAAGACUCCUGCAGCUCCUGCCAAGCAGAGUGUGACAGAGAGGCCUCAAAGAGAGCACCCAACUAACCCCAAUGCCACCUUCCUUCGCAAGCCAUCACAGGAAGACCCCAACAAACUCAAAAUAAUGUAUCGCACGUAUAGGAUCCAAGCCCGUCAGAACGCUCAGAUCAGUGAGUCCUCUCACCCGUCCAUCCCCAAGGAGUUCCAGUUAGACUUGGACAUGAUCGAGAUGGACCAGAGCCGAGUCUGCGAGCUGCCCGACCUCGUCCAACACAAGCUGGACGAGCUCCUGGAGCCCAUCAUGAUCCCCGAACCCAAGAUGCGCUCUGUGUCUCCACACUUUGACGACCUCCACAACAGCACAGCCUCCACCAUCAACUUUGUCAUCUCUCAGGUGGCGAGUGGUGACAUUAACACCAGCAUACAGGCAUUGGCACAGAUCGAUGAGGUGCUGCGACAGGAGGACAAAGCGGAGGUCAUGUCAGGACACAUCGAUCAGUUCCUCAUCGCUACCUUCAUGCAGCUGAGGCUCAUCUACAGCACACACAUGGCUGAUGACCGGCUAGACAAGAAGGACAUCAUCAAACUGUACAGCUGCAUCAUUGGAAACAUGCUGUCUCUGUUCUCCAUGGAGGCCCUGGCCAGAGAGGCAUCUAUGGGUGUGUUGAAGGACCUCAUGCACGGUCUGAUAACCCUGAUGCUGGAUGGCAGAGUGGAGGACAUAGAAGACGGACAGCAGGUCAUCAGAUCAGUCAACCUGCUGGUUAUCAGAGUUCUGGAGAGGUCUGACCAGACCAACAUGAUCAGUGCUCUGCUGGUUCUGCUUCAGGACAGUUUGGUCACGACAGCUGGCCCACCCAUGUUCUCUGAACUGGUCAUGAAGUGUCUGUGGAGGAUGAUCCGCUUCCUCCCGGAGACCAUCAACAGCAUCAACCUCGACCGGAUCCUACUGGACGUCCACAACUUCAUGAAGGUUUUCCCCAAAGAGAAACUGAAGCAGCUCAAGAGUGACGUCCCUCACAGAACCCUCAAGACUCUGUUACACACACUCUGCAAGCUCACUGGGGCUAAGAUCCUGGACCACCUAUCAAUGAUAGAGAAUCGUAAUGAGUCCGAGUUGGAGGCCCAUUUGAGGCGGGUGGUCAAACACUCUGGAAACUUGUCAGGACUCAAGAGCGACCGCGGCAACGAGAAGGGCUGUCUGCGCACGGAGGAUCGGAUGUCAAAGGCUAAGGUCAGCGACAUUCUGUCGGAGAUCUUUAAGAAGAUCGGCUCGAAGGAGAACACUAAAGAGGGUUUGACAGAAUUGUACGAGUACAAACAGAAGUACUCUGACGCGGACCUGGAGCCGUUUCUCAAAAACACAUCCCAGUUCUUCCAGAGCUACGUGGAGAGAGGCCUUCGUGUGAUCGAGUCCGAAAGAGAGGGCAAGGCUCGCAUCCAGACCUCAGCAGUGAUCCCUCAGCAUGGCAUAGAUUCCAGUCUGAGCAGUAACAAUGAAGAGCUGAAACCAGCGGUCUACUACGAGAGACUGAAGAUCCUCCGACAGAGACAAGGCCUGGAAAACACCGCCAGGCAGGGUGUCGGAGGAAGCGAGGACGAGCCUCAGCAGCGACCUCCCAUCUCCUCCCUGCUGUCCUCCAAGCCGUCAGUGGCCUCCUCCACCGACAUGCUCCACAGCAAGUUGUCUCAGCUCAAAGAGUCCAGAGAGCUGUACCAGCAGGAACACAACGCACACUCCCACUCCCCAACGCACACACACACCCGCUCAGCCUCACCAGCGACCAAUCUGGACGACCUGAAGAAGCGUCUGGAGAGAAUAAAGAGCAACCGGCAGUAAAGGAGCGCCGAGUCAACCGCCUCAUCUCAUCCGCAAAGCCUGUGGAGUUCAGCUGGUAGAAAAUCCAACCUUUUUAAACUCACUCUGUGUUUCUAUUCUUACUCUGGAAAAUGGAAAUUAAAAAAGCACUUUGACACUAAAGUCCACCCCUCUGUAUCAACAAACCAGGUAGCCACAGAACCUGACUCCACCCACUGUGCCUGUACAUUAUUAAAAAUCAAACGCACCCUAAUCUGAUUGUAAUCGAGUGCAUUCGGAUUCAACUAAGGCUGUGACUGCAAUUUUUAGCCUCUACACACAAACACACAUCAGUGUUUAUAGCUACUAUCCCAGAUCGACAGAUGUUCUGUUUAGACAUUUUUGUUCUCCAGUGUCAAAAAUUAUCAGGGCAAAAAGGAAAAAAAAUCAGAAUCCAGAGUAUAGGACUGAGUUUUGAUGUUGUGCGUGUGUGUACAGGAUCACUUAGUCAGCCGUAGUUCUCAGUCCCCCCCUGUACUUUAGCCUUCUAUCAGGGUGCCCCCUCCACCCUCUUGUGUACACUGUUCACUAUGUUAUAAUUAUGAAAUAGUGAACUCCUCUUCCUCUCUGUUUUAGUAUCACGGCACACAAUGUUUGUACAUAUUUAAAAGUUGUUAACCUCUUAACUGUUAUGAAGCGCUUCUCACGUGGCUGCAGGAAAAAAAACAGCAAAUGUCAAGUAAUGUUCUGUUUUUCCUGACCUGCUGCUGCUGUGUUCAGAUGGCGAAACACUGCUGUAAAGAGCUGAAGUCAGACUGUCAGCUGUGUGAAUGCACCAUGUGACCGCCCCCUUGUGGUUGAACACUGUCAUAUCAGUGAUUUCAGCUGAAGCCCUGUUUGCACUGAGGCUGUCCAGUGAUUUGUAAUGAUCACAGAAUUGUUCCCAAAAUUCCAAAUGAGUCGCUGUUGAUUGGCAACGAGGUGCAACAUCUCAGUGCAGACUAGGAUCAGAGCUGCAGCACUUAAAUCAACAAAGUGUCUGAUUUCUGUCAAUUUCAGACAUUUUUGCUGCCAUGUAACAAGCUGAAGUGCAUUUCCACAGUGACACCAGGCCCUCUGUCUUUGUUUUACCUGUGAUGGGGUUCAAACCGACGGGGCCCUGUCAGCCACAACUGUACGCUGAUGUUGAAGGAAGCUUGUCUUGUCUGUUUUUAACCUGGUGUUCGGUCAACGUCACACAGAAUCUGUCACGUCCAGAUAUCAUUCUGAAGAAGUGGCACAAGUAAGAACAUCCUGACGUAUUUUUUUUCCCCAGCCAAUCAGGGACUGAGAACCUGUCCCCUUUAACAACCAGCUGCGCUGCUUCAUUCAGGAAAUUUGGACCAAGCAGAGCCGUGUCCAGGUGUGUUUUAAGUUGUGUGUUGGAUCUUGCUGUGGGUUGUAAAUACUGUAUGUAAUGUCCUCAUUAACACCUCCCUUCAGUUAUUUAACAGCAGCCACUCUGUUGUGUUUGUAGGCUUUAAGAGCAUGGCAUGAAGUCUGUGAUUGUUUUAAUUUCUCAUGUAAAUAAAGUUUACAUUAAUAAAA